AUGAUUCAAGUUCUCGACAACUCGCAAAAAGAAGCUGAAGGGUUGCAAUACUACCUGCUCGGCUUCAACAUCAAAGGUUCCUUCUCACCGCUUCUACACAACACCGGAUUCAAAGUUCUUGGACUACCACACACGUAUGGCUUAUUCGAAGUUCCCAAUGUGGAUGACACCGUCGAGAAACUCCUCCAAGAUCCCAAACUCGGCGGCUUAUCAGUGACAGCCCCGCACAAACUCCAGGUCGGCAAGUACAUGGACGAGAUCUCGGAAGAAGCAAGAACCAUGGGUUCGGUCAACACAGUUGUUGCCAAAACUGCGUCUGGUCGGAGAAAACUCUAUGGUGACAAUACCGACUGGCUUGGUAUCACACGCUGUAUCCAAGGCGGCAAAGUUGAUCUCGAUGUCGUUGGGACAACAGCUGUGGUUUUGGGUGCCGGUGGAGCUGCAAGAGCGGCUGUGUAUGCUUUUAUCAAAUUGGGCAUUCGGCACAUCAUUGUCGUCAAUCGGACGUUCGACAGAGCACAAAAACUUGCAGCAAGCUUCCCAGACCACAACAUCGAUAUUGUAGAAUCCCUUCGGCAGCUGGAAGAACGCCCAAGCGAUAGCCCACUGUCAAUCUCCGUCAUUGUAGGAUGUCUCCCAGCAGAAGUCCUCGAUGAAUCCGACAUUCCAGAUCCGAUCUUCCCCGCUGUUCAGAAAGGUGUUUUGGUGGAGAUGGCAUACGGAAAGACGACUGAGAUUACCAAAAAAGCAAUGGCAGCUGCGAAUUGGGCUGUCUUUGAUGGAAUCGAUGUGCUGCAGCAACAGGCUUUUGGACAAUUUGAAGCAUGGACUGGGAAGCCUGCGCCUAGGAAAGAGAUGAUGGAGGCGGUGAACGAAGCUUUGGGACGACCGCUCAAUCCUGCCUUUGCGGAAGAUGGGGAGUGA